GUGAAAUACUCUGUCUUUAGUUUUCUAUUCGACCUUGCAGGUUCUUUUUCGUAAACCCCGCCCCAAUAUCACAGUCUAGGACUCCAGGUACUCUGUACUAUGGGAUCAUUGUUGCUAAAAAUGGGUUUUGUCAACGAUGGAACUGGGCUGUUCAUCAUGGCCAGGUUUGAAGUUGACUUGUUCAACAGGAUAGUAAAUCAUUCUACUCUUUAACUUAAGUCAAUUUUCUUUCCUAACUAUGUCUUUUAAUAUCAUCCAUAUAAUAACAUGUUCCUAACCGGAAUGUAUUCUUGCCAUUAAGCAAUAAAAGCAACAUCUAUCAUGGAUAUACACACUGAUGAUCUGUUUUCUUCGAAAAGUUUGGUGCCGAAAGCAACAGCUCCGCCGUUGAUCUCACAUGUGGCCUUCCAUGCUAUUAUCUGGACCGGUGUCUCCCUCUGUGUCCUUGCAUUCAGUGGUCGACUGGCUAUCCGAGUCAUCUGUUUCCGACGUCUUUUCCCCGAGGACUAUGCGAUGCUACUAUCAUUGAUCAUUCUUGUCGGGACUGCCAUUAUUAUCCAGAUACUAGUCCCGUAUUGUUACAACAUUAAAAACGUACACAACGGCUAUAUACCACUGGACCCCCAGUUCAUUGAAGAUACUGUCAAAGGAUUACGUGGGCACGUUGCUCUAAUGGUGAUGAACUACGUGGGGAUCUGGUUAAUCAAAAUCAGCUUCCUGAUCUUCCUCUUCCGACUUGGAGAUAAAGUUACCAAAUACCGUGUCCUCUGGUGGAUCGUCCUGGCCUUCAACAUUGCCGCUGGUGUGACCGCUAUCGGUAUCAUACCUUUCGAAUGUUUAUUGUCACCAGUUGAACGUAUCGUUGCGAAAGUCGUUCUCACGGCCCUCUUUUCUCUUGUCGUAUUCACUGUCCUGGUGACCAUCGUAAGAGGCAGCGUUUUUAGUGGCGCAUACAUAUCCAUCGAUCAACCGGAUGUGCAACCAGUGAACGUGGCGUGGCUCUGGUUCUGGUUCAGCAUUGAAUAUAUCAUAUCGUUCAUCGUCGCAUGCCUUAUAUCCUUUCGUUGUCUGUUCACUCAGAUAGAAUCCGAUGCUAGCGUUAGGGAAGCGAGGGCUCCUCAAUGGUGUCACCAAGCCCCACCGGUAUCCAGGCUUCAACCCCAGGGGUUAAGGGAAAAGGCGCGAAUAUUCCGAAAGUCGAUGCGUGACACGCUUAUGACACUGGAGGGGUUUACAAGGAUCGAUAGCGAGGUGUUUGCUCUCCCGUCUCCUCCUACGGGAAGAUUAAGCUUGAACUUCGAAGAGGACGGGGAAUCAAAUAGGACGUAG